AUGGUAUGCCCAGCAACCAACCUCCAAAUCGGUACCUGCCCCGACUUCACAGCAACCGACACCACAACAGCCAUAACGGCAGCCUCAACAGCCUUCCAAACCUUCCGCCACACCUCCAUCCGAGACCGUGCGCGCCUCCUGCGGCAGUGGCACGACCUCAUAAUCGCAAACCGUGACGACCUCACCACGCUCAUCACCUGGGAAAACGGCAAGCCCUUCCCCGAAGCCCAAGGCGAGGUGGCAUAUGCCGCCUCCUUCAUUGAGUGGUUCAGUGAAGGAGCAACCUGUCUAUACGGGGAUACUAUCCCUGUUUCCGUGCCAGGAAAUCUAGUCGUCACAGAACGCGAGCCGGAUGUGGAGAGCCUGGAUGAGGCAGUGGAUGGGUUGGCUUUGUCGAAGUUUUGGGGCACCGGGCAGACUUGUGUUUGUGCCAAUCGGAUCUAUGUGCAUCGGUCUUGUUAUGAGAGGUUUGCGGAGAAGUUGGUUGAGAGAGUGAGGGCGUUUCGGGUUGGGCCUGGGUUUGGGGAUGGGGUUACGCAUGGGCCGCUUAUCCAUGGGGCUGCUGCCGAGAAGGUGAUGGCAUAUAUUGAGGAUGCAAAGGCUAAGGGGGCCAGGGUCCUUGUUGGUGGAGAACGGUUGGGACAUCUGGGGGAGAACUACGUCCAGCCGACUGUGUUGGCGGAUACGACGCACGAUAUGCGACUGGCCUCCGAGGAAACAUUUGGACCUGUUGCAGCUCUUUUUGCAUUCAAUGAGGAGGAGGAAGUUAUUGGAGAGGCGAGCAGGUGUGAGGUUGGUUUAGCCGCUUAUAUCUAUACUCAGAGCAUCCGAAGACUGUUCCGUGUCGCUGAGGCGCUUGAGGUUGGGAUGGUGGGUGCGAAUACGGGCAUCAUUCGUAACGUGGCUGCUCCAUUUGGUGGUGUCAAGGAGAGCGGGUUUGGGCGAGAGGGAAGCAAGUAUGGAAUCGAUGAGUUUACUCACAUCAAGACCAUUACAAUCGGAGGCCUGGCAUAA